AAAAUAACGAGAAGAAGAAGAAGAUAGCGGGACCUUCGUGACGUGUUUCCGGUGUCAUGUCAGCUAGCUGCUGAAACCUCAUGGCUAGCGGCUUCACGAACGCGUUUUUUCUGCUUCAGUUCUGAUGAUGCAGUUUUACUGAAUCCAGACGGUCAGAGAUGGCAGAAGUUCUACCAGAGAAAAGUCGCGGCUUGAAGUUUGCAGAGCAGCAGCUCCUGCGUCACGGCUGGGAAUACGGUAAAGGAUUGGGCCGAGGUGAGAACGGCAUAGCCGAGGCCGUCAAGGUCAAAGUGAAAUGUGACAAAGGAGGGAUUGGUCAUAAGGAAGGGGAUCAGUUCACCUUCCACUGGUGGGAUCAUGUCUUCAAUAAGGCUUCUUCCAGUCUGCAGGUGGAGUCUGAUCAGAAUGGGAUUCAGUUGAAGAAGACAGCGGAGGAAGGUGAAGAGGAUGGAAUGAUCUCCAAUAAAAAGCCAAGGAAAGCCGCUCUGGCUAAAUCCAAACUUUAUGGAUGCUUUGUCAAGUCGGCGACGCUGCUGUCGGGUUCGGAGCAGCCCGAUCCGAAGCCUUCCAGCUCGGACAGCAGUAGCUCGGACGACGAGGACGACCAGAAGAUGGAUCUCUCCAGCACCACAAAGCUCUCUGAUGCGGAUCUGAUGAAGGCUUGUGGCGGCCGCACGGCUCACAAAGGAGCCAGACAUGGCUUGACCAUGAGUGCCAAGUUAGCCCGGCUAGAGCAGCAGGAGGCCGAGUUCAUGGCGAAGUACGGCAAGAAGAGCCAACCGGCUGACGCCGCGGCGGUUUGCGUCGCUCAGACUCCGCCCACUGCCCGGUCAGCUGACCAGACGGCCGAGACGCUGAGCGACUCCCAGACGAAGAAGAUGAAAGACGUUGGAUUCCCCGGGAGCGAUGAUGACCUAAAGGAGUCUCCUGUAAGUCCUGACGCGGAUGUUAUAGUCAAAAAGAAGAAGAAGAAGAAGAGAGCCAACGAGGUAAUUGAGCAGAUAACUGACGUGGUUUCCUCUGAUGGGGAUGUGAUCUAUGUAGAAGACAGUGACUCAGACCACUCUCAUAAAACAAAGAGGAAGCAUAAAAAUAAAAAACACAAUACGCAGCAGGACGAGGAAGGAAGAACAUUUUCACCUGCAGCAGAGCGCAAAAGCCAGGAGGAGCCUGCUGAGCUGCUCACAGAAGGGAAGAAGAAGAAGAAGAAAAAGAAGAAGAAGAAGAAAUCCUCACACAGCGAACCUCCUGAGGAGGAGAGCAACAACACCGAAGGGAGCCUAUCGGAGCCGGUCUGCACACCAAAGCAAGUGUCAGUCGUGUCAGUGACCGAGGAAGACCCCACUCCGAGGCAGAAAAGGAAAAAGUGUAAAAAAGACAAAUCCUACGCAGACGAGGAUACAAACGAGGAGACGCUUUGUCCCAAGAAGAAGAAAAAAAAGAAGUCCAGAGAGUAGUUUAAAAGCUUUGGUCCUUAACAAGAUAUCUGUAAUUCAGUGAUUCCUAUUCAGCCUCCUAACCAAGCUCACUUGACUCCUUCCUCCCUUAAAUGUGAUCUGUUGGAUUCCCUUCAGUCUGCCGCUGAGGACCUGAGGUCUGUUGGGUUAUUUUUUUGCAGAUCAGCUGGCGAUGCAGACUUUUUAUGACGAUUGAUUAUUUACAACAUGGGAAGUGUCCAUCUGAAUCUGUCACUGACUUCAUGAGUUGGUGCCGUGUCACACGUUAUCAAAUCAAAUCCGUCAUUCUUGUUGGAGCCAAUUAACAGAAAGUUGCCUUUUGAUGACUACUAAAUGUAAAAUAUACGUUUUAGUUGAAAACUAUUAUGAACUGUAGGAAAAACAUUUUUAGGCUCUCAAUGUUUUAUUGAACUGGUUUAACUGACAAACUGUCAUGAACUUCUGGAGUUUAUAAGAAUUAAAUAUUGAAUGCAUCAAACUA